UGGUAGCAGGUCAUAGUCGAUGGUCUCCAAGUUCCAGGCUAUUCGGACCACUGCGGACAGCACAUUUCCUGGCUACCCCACUCUGAGCUCCAGACACCAUGAAUCCUCCCUCUACAAAGGCCUCCUGGGCCGCCCUGACGCUGCUGCUGCUGCUGCUCUUGAUGCCGCCGGCGCUACUUUUGCCCGGGGCGGCCGCGCAGCCCCUGCCUGACUGCUGCCGCCAGAAGACCUGCUCCUGCCGCCUCUACGAGCUGCUGCACGGCGCGGGCAAUCACGCAGCUGGCAUCCUCACGCUCGGCAAGCGGCGACCGGGACCUCCAGGCCUCCAGGGCCGGCUGCAGCGCCUCCUGCAGGCCAGCGGCAACCACGCAGCUGGCAUCCUGACCAUGGGCCGCCGCGCAGGCGCAGAGCCAGCGCCGCGCCCCUGUCCCGGGCGCAGCUGUCCCUCCGCCGCCGCCUCGUCUGUCGCGCCUGGGGAUCGGUCCGGAGUCUGAGCCCUUUCUUCGACCCUGUCCUGGCCCUGCUCUCUCCCCUCUGCCUGCCUCGUGUCAAUCCCCCAGAAAAAGGACAAUAAA